AUGAUAAUAAAGAAAACGUUUGAUGAUGUUGUGAUGCUUUCAAAACUAGAUAGAACAAAAUCACCCUGCGAGGAUUUUUAUGAAUUUUCAUGCGGCGGAUUAAUAAAAAGCCAUAAUAAACCGCCUCCGUCGAGAUCUAAAUGGGGAUUAGAAACGGAAAUGGAUUUGAAAUUAUCGGAAAUGAUUCGAGAAGUUAUUUCGGUUUUGCCUCAUCAAACGAGAACGAACACGCUCACGUGGAAGAUAAAAAAUUUUUACGAUUCUUGCAUGUCUUUGGAUAAUAUUGAAACCGAUAACGAAAGACCAUUGAGAAAAAUUAUUAAUGAAUUAGGUGGUUGGAACGUAUUAAGAAAUUUUCAAGUAUUGAGUUGGGAAUUUAGUAAAACUUUAGUUAAUCUUCAUAACGAAUAUGGCGUCAAACCAUUUUUUUCCAUAUCGACAAUCGCAGAUCCUCGUAACGCGAGUAAAAAUAUUUUAUUCCUGACACCUUCCGGACUCGGACUCCCCGAUAAAAGUUAUUAUUAUAGAGAAAAACAAGAUCGGAUGUCUUUAAGUUACAUUCGUUACAUGAAAGACGUUGCACGUCAAUUGGGUGCCACUUCGAUAGAUGCAAAUUCAUUUUCCGAAGACAUGUUUUAUUUCGAAAGGAGAAUUGCCGAAGCCACGCCAUCGAAUGAAGAAUUAGAAAAUGUUUUCAAUCACGAAAUACACACGAUAAACGAUUUAAAAAUGUCAGCGCCUUCGGUUCCGUUGCACGAAAUAUUAGACGCCAUGUUUCACAAGGAAAACAUAAAUUCCGACACUGAAAUACUUUUAACAUCGGCAAAAUAUCUGACGAAAAUAUCAAACAUAAUAGCGACGACUGAUAGAAGCGCAUUGAAUAAUUACGUCAUAUGGAAUUUGGUUAAAGAAUAUUUACCGUACCUGAGUCAAAAUUUUCAAGAUAUUUAUUCGGUGUACGUGCGAGAAAUGACAGGUGCGACAAAUUUAUUAGAACGUUGGGAAUUCUGCAUAAAAACGUUGCAAAAAUUCAUGGAUGCGGGUUUGGCGGCACAAAUUGAAAAUUCAUCAUUUCGAACGGAUUCUGAUAAAAAUAACGAAAUAAUUGGUCAAAUAUUUAAAACGGUUCGUCAGACAAUAAGAGAAAGUAUAACGAAAGCAAAAUGGGUUGAUUUGGAACUGUACAAACAUUUCAUAUCGAAGUUGAACGGAACGACGAUACAAAUCGGUUUUCCAAACGAUUAUUUAGAUUCGUCACGAUUAGAAGAAUAUUAUUCGAAACUUUACGUACAGAAAAAUAAUUUUUUUCAAAAUAUUUUAUACGGGGUGUCAUUUUUACAAGAAAAUAAUAGAAGGAGUUACGUGAAUCCAAAAAGCGAAUACAGGUGGUUAUCGUUAGUUUCGUCCGAAUCAAAAGUAGAAUUUGUACCGUCGGAAAAUAAAAUUAUAAUACCACAAAAAUUAUUAAAUAAACCUUAUUACGAACCUGAAUAUCCUAUUCCGGUACUAUACGGUACGUUCGGUGUUGAAAUAUCGAAAGCUUUGGUAUCGUCACUUUUCAUGUAUUCGGGAUUGUAUUCUUAUAACGGUUCCCUCAUAAACACUCAAAGUUUGGUUGCUAAUUUAUCGAUGGUAUCGAUCGAUCAUCAAUUGAAAUGUUUGAUCGAUUUACAAAUUAAUAAUAAUAUCGAAACGGAUUUUGAAAAAUCAAACAGGACGAUUUUAAAAACGUUCACGGAAAUAUCAGCCGUUAAACAAGCAUUUAAAUCGAUGAAGAAAUCUACGUCGGAUGUCGAACACAUACAUCAAGCCGGAUUGGAAGAUUUCGAUGACGAAAGUCUUUUUUACAUCGCCUACGGACAAAGUUUAUUUAACGUUAAGACUGUACAAGAAAUUGAUAAACAAAACACAACCGGAAAUAGUUUAGACGGAAGAAAACUGUAA